AUGUCCUCACCACCAUAUUCCGCCCCACACAACAAGGGCGACGCGACCGGCCCAGAGAGCGCGCGCUCCAACACUAGUUUCAGCAGCCAACCAGCCAUGAAAGCAGGGGAAGGAGAAGAUCCUGCAAAGGGCGCGACACAUGAGCCAAAGCGGGACUUAGAAGCAGCGCCUAAGCACUCAUACGGAGAAGGACCAACCAAAGAAAUAGAGAACAACGAUGUUACACUUGUUACAUGGAAUGGCCCCGAAGACCCCGACAACCCCAAAAACUGGCCAACAAAGAAGAAAUGGCUAGCCGCCGUUCUCGUGUCAUUCUUUACUUUCAUAUCCCCUGUCUCAUCUUCCAUGGUCGCACCAGCGUUGGAAAGCAUCGCUGUCGAGUUUAAGAUAACGGACGAUGUGCUCUUAGAGCUGACACUGUCAACCUUCGUGUUGGCAUAUGCAGUUGGGCCACUGUUCCUUGGUCCACUAUCUGAGAUAUAUGGCAGGAAGAUGAUACUGCAGCUCACUAAUUUGUUUUAUAUUGUCUUUAACGUUGCUUGUGGUGUCUCUAAAUCGACUGGGCAGAUGAUUGCGUUCCGUUUCCUCUCUGGACUUGGGGGAAGUGCACCACUAGCGAUUGGAGGAGGUGUUCUUGGAGAUUGCUUUCGUCCCGAAGAGCGUGGAAAGGCCCUCGCCAUAUACGGUCUCGCUCCUCUACUGGGACCCGCUAUCGGACCCAUAGCUGGUGGAUUCAUUGCAGAGAAUACCACAUGGCGAUGGGUGUUUUACGCAACUUCUAUCACGGCAGGAGUCAUCCAAAUCGCUGGGCUUUUCUUCCUGCCAGAGACGUAUGCUCCAGUGAUUCUGGGCAAUAAAGCCAAGAAGCUUCGGAGGGAGACAGGAAAUCAAAAUUACCAGACUGAGAGUCAGCGACAACAGCGGAGUCCUGGGAAGAUCAUUAGUACAGCAUUAAUUCGCCCGUUCCGGCUUCUGACCACACAGUCCAUUGUGCAAAUCUUGGCCGUAUAUAUGGCUAUCGUUUACGGGACUAUGUACCUAACCUUGGCUACUUUUCCAACCCUGUGGACAAGCAAAGCAUACUACGGCGAGUCAGCGGGCAUCGGUGGUCUGAACUACAUCUCCAUGGGAUUAGGCUUCAUGCUAGGCUCUCAAAUCUGCGCCCCACUCAUCGACCGUAUAUACCGACAUCUAAAAAGCCGCAACAACAACGUCGGCCGACCAGAAUUUCGAGUCCCCUUAAUGACCGUAGCGGCAUUCUGCAACCCCGUUGGGCUUUUCAUCUAUGGCUGGACCGCACAAAGACACUGCCACUGGAUCACACCCAACAUCGGUAUUUGCAUCUUCAGCAUCGGCAACAUUGUCGCGUUCCAGUGUAUCCAGACCUACAUUGUCGACUCGUAUACACGAUAUGCGGCGAGUGCCCUCGCUGCCGCGGCGUUUCUGCGCUCCCUUGCUGGCUUUAGUUUCCCGCUUUUUGCACCUUACAUGUUUGAUUCGCUGGAGUAUGGUUGGGGUAACAGUAUUUUGGCCUUUGUGGCUAUUGCAAUUGGGAUACCUGCGCCUAUUCUGCUUUGGCGCUUCGGGCAAAGAUUGAGAGCGGCAAGUCCCUUUGCUGCAGGAGGGUAA